AUGUCAUCUACUCAAGGUAAAGCAAUUCAAUGUAAAGCUGCUGUGGCUUACGAAGCUAAAAAACCAUUAGUCGUUCAAGACGUCAUCGUUGAUGCACCAAAGGCACACGAAGUUCGUAUUAAGAUCAUGAACACCGCAAUCUGUCACACUGAUGCUUACACUCUAUCAGGUGUUGAUCCAGAAGGUCUUUUCCCUUGUAUUCUAGGUCAUGAAGGUUCCGGUAUCGUCGAAAGUAUCGGUGAGGGAGUCACAAGUGUUAAAGUUGGUGAUCAUGUCAUCCCCCUUUACACUGCAGAAUGUCAAAAAUGUAAAUUCUGUAAAUCUGGUAAGACCAACUUAUGUGGUGCUGUUAGAGAAACUCAAGGUAAAGGUGUUAUGCCUGAUGGUACUUCGAGAUUCCACACUUUAGAGGGUAAGGAUAUCUUUCAUUUCAUGGGUUGUUCCACUUUCUCUGAGUACACUGUCGUUGCUGAUGUCUCCGUCGUUGCCAUUGACAAGAAGGUCUCUUUAGAACCUGCUUCUCUAUUAGGUUGUGGUGUCACUACAGGUUUUGGUGCUGCUGUUAAAGCUGCUAAUGUCCAAAAGGGAGAUACCGUAGCUGUCUUCGGUGCAGGAACUGUCGGUCUAUCCGUGGUUCAAGGUGCCAGAAUGAGAGGUUGUUCAAAGGUCAUUGUUGUUGAUAUCAAUGACGAAAAGAAACAAUUCAGUUACGACUUUGGUGCUACCGAUUUCGUUAAUCCGAUGACAGAUUUAAAAGAUGGUGAAACUAUUGUCAACAAACUAAUUUCAAUGACUGAUGGUGGGUUAGAUUACACUUUCGACUGUACUGGUAAUGUACACGUCAUGAGAAAUGCCCUAGAAGCAUGUCAUAAAGGUUGGGGUCAAUCCUUCAUUAUUGGUGUUGCCGCUGCUGGCCAAGAAAUUUCCACAAGACCAUUCCAAUUAGUCACUGGUAGAGUCUGGAGAGGUACUGCCUUCGGUGACAUCAAAGGUAGAACCGAUAUGCCUCAAUUAUUGGAUGAUUACGAAAAGGGCCUCUUAAAGAUCGAUGAAUUCAUCACCCACAGGAGACAAUUCGAUGAAAUUAAUGAUGGUUUCGAAGAUUUACACAUGGGUACUUGUUUAAGAACGGUUUUGAAAUUUUAA